AGCCCAUAUAAUAAAAUUUUAAGAGUAUUUGGAAUGGAUUGCCAAACGCUUACUAAUUUGGCUGCUGUAGAUGGCCCCCACACAAUGUGUCACUUGCCAAAUUUAGGCGCAGAUUCACCAAAUGGGUCUCAAUGUAAUGUAAGUCAAAAGAAGGCAGAGAAUAAACCGGAAGAUCGAAUCUGUUCGUCUUCUCAAUUCUUGGAGUUGAACAAGUGAAGAAAGACAGAAGAAUGGGGUCAAUAGCGAAAAAGGGUCUGCAACAGUACUUGCUACAGCUUCAGCAACAUCCUUUACGAACAAAGGCAAUAACGGCGGGAGUGUUGUCAGCGAUCAGUGAUAUAGUGGCUCAGAAGAUCACUGGCAUUCAGAAACUUCAAGUCAGACGCCUUCUUCUCAAAGUGCUUUUUGGUGUUGCCUAUCUUGGACCAUUUGGGCAUUUUCUUCACUUAUUACUGGACAAACUUUUCAAGGGGAAGAGAGACAAGAGUACAGUUGCCAAAAAGGUUUUGCUGGAACAAAUUACUUCGUCACCCUGGAAUAACUUGCUUUUCAUGGUUUACUAUGGAUUAGUUAUUGAAAAAAGACCCUGGAUCCAGGUGAAAUCUAAUAUCAAGAGAGAAUAUCCAAAAGUGCAGUAUACAGCGUGGGCGUUUUGGCCAGUCGUUGGGUGGGUAAAUCACUUGUAUGUUCCGCUGCAGUUAAGAGUAAUCUUUCACAGCAUUAUUGCAUGUUGCUGGGGAAUAUUUUUGAAUCUACGCGCAAGGUCAAUGGUCUUGAAAAAGGCUUGAAAUCCUCAAAGUUGAUGCAUGAACAUGGCAACAUCUCCUUGUGUUAGUUGAAAGAUAUUGAAAGUGGUAGCUUGGGAAUGCUUAUUCUGUUUUGAUUCACAUUUUCUCUGAUCCCUUUAAAACCAAGACAAAGUUUAUUAAGCACAUGCAGAAUGCUCCACACAUGGCAAUGUGAAUCAAAAAAAAAAGCAAGAUUGUGGCAAGAGAUGACAGUAUAUUAUGUUUCACAAUCCAACAUUAUUAAUGUAGCCAUAUUUUCUUGGCAUUUGACCAAAUUGUAACUGAGUUGCUGCUAUCUGUGUACCAAGUCCUGGAUGGUUGAUGUGAUUCAUCAAUGCCUAGUA